AAAAAAAAUAAUAAUAAUAUUUUAUAUAUAAAUACUUUCAUUAUUAUUAUUAUCUUCAUCUUUUUUCUUCUUCUUUUCUUUAUUAACAUAUUCGUUACAUUAUUUACAAUGGCUCCAGCAGUAAAUGGAAAUUCAGCUUCUGAGACUAACCCUUAUUCUGGUUUUGAUCACCUUCGAUUUACAGUUAUGAAUGCUAAACAAGCAGCUUCCUUUUAUUGCACUAGAUUAGGUUUUAAGCAUAUUGCUUAUCGUGGCCUUGAAACUGGCUCUCGAGAAACGGCUUCUCAUGUAGUUAAACAAGGUGAUGCUAUCUUUGUCUUUGAAAGCCCUAUCCAUCCUACUGCUCAAAGAGAGAUGGCUCAAGAAAUUUCUGUUCGAGGCGAUGGUGUUAAAGAUAUUGCUUUUAAUGUCAAGGAUUGUCGAGCUGUAUACAAUAAAGCAAUUGAUAGAGGUGCUAAAUCGAUCAAGGAACCAGAAGAAAUAACCGAUGAAGAUGGUACAGUGGUCAUUGCUACCUUGGCAACAUAUGGUGAUGUUCAUCAUACUUUGAUUGAACGUAAAAAUUAUAAAGGUCUUUUUUUACCAGGUUAUAAAUCUUCUUUUGAAGUAUUAAGAUACAAAGAUCCUCUUGAAGAUGUAUUACCACCUGUUCCACUUGGAUUUAUCGAUCAUAUCGUAGGCAAUCAACCAGAUGGGCAAAUGAAUCCUAUCGCUGACUUUUAUGAAAAGGCCUUUGAUUUCCAUCGAUUCUGGUCAGUAGAUGAUAAACAAGUCUUUACAGAGUAUAGUGCACUUAGAUCAGUUGUCAUGGCAGAUCCUGAGGAACGUAUCAAGGUCCCUAUCAAUGAACCCGCUGUCGGUCGUAAGAAAUCUCAAAUUCAAGAAUUUGUCGAUUUCUAUGGUAGUGCAGGUGUUCAACAUAUCGCUAUCAAUACAAAUGACAUUAUCACAUCUGUCACCAACAUGAAGGCACGUGGUUGUGACUUUUUAACCAUUCCUUCUAAUUACUAUGAUUCCUUACGCACUAAACUUGUCACUCAUAAUAAAGUAGCCAAACGACCUAUCGUAGAAGAUUUAGAUGUAUUGCAAAAAUUGAAUAUUUUAGUCGAUUAUGAUGAAAAUGGUUAUUUAUUACAAAUCUUCACAAAACCACUUGAAGAUCGUCCUACUGUAUUUGUCGAAAUCAUUCAACGAAAUAAUCAUAACGGCUUUGGUGCAGGCAACUUUAAAAGUCUUUUUGAAAGUUUAGAAAUUGAACAAGCAUUACGUGGUAAUUUGACAGAUAUGGAGUCUGUCGUUGAAAAUAAAUAGUAGUCGUGUAGCUGCUUAAUAAUUGAAAAAAAAAAAAAAACGUAUUUUUUAUUUUAUUUUAUUUUAAUAAUGAAUUCUAUUUUGUAAUGCUCUUGUAUCUACAUAUUCCAAAUCUACAACU